GCAUUAUUACUUGAAAGAGAAUGUAAUAAUGCUGAAGUGUUUGUUGAUCUUACUAAACACACGGCUGCGGGCAGCGGUACUGAUAAUCAUUACAGUAUCUAAUUAUCUUGUUGUAGGUGAUAUUUUUCCCGGCAAGGACUCAGAGCGGAUAACACUGAAUGACAAUCAGCCUUUUAUUCUUAAAUCGUUUCAGUACCCAGCAAAGUUCCCUGAUGACACGAAGUAUGUUUAUGCUAUCGAUGCAUCCGGUCUGGCCAUUAAGAGCCACAAGACCUUAGAGCCGAGUUCUAACAUCGGAUUGCGACGGCUUUUUUCAGUACUAAGAUUCAGUCAAAGGAAUUUCUGUUCGGAGUGCGUUGGCCAAAUAGAACCGUACUGGAUGGAUGCUUGGGACAGCGAAUUAAUGUGUGGGAUGCCAAGGUUCCAACAUCACCGAUUGCGUAUGCUUGUGGUGAAGAACGAGUGGAUAUUCUGUCGUAUAGCGAUUCUAUUGUAAGCACUUUCUGUAAAUAC